AUGCCGUACAACAUCGCUAUGGUCAGCGACAACUUCUACCCCCAGCCCGGAGGAGUAGAGAGUCAUAUGUACCAGUUAUCAAGCAAACUCAUCGACCGUGGACACAAAGUCAUUGUCAUCACCCAUGCCUACGCCGGCCGAAAGGGCGUGCGAUAUUUGACCAAUGGACUCAAAGUCUACUACGUUCCCUUCUGGGUCAUCUAUCGCGAGACCACCUUUCCCACCGUUUUCUCUUUUUUUCCCAUCUUUCGCAACAUUGUCAUCCGCGAGCGCAUCGAGAUUGUCCAUGGACACGCCAGUCUGAGUAGCCUUUGCCAUGAAGCCAUCCUGCAUGCGCGCACAAUGGGCCUGAGGACAGUUUUCACCGACCACAGUCUGUUUGGUUUCGCUGAUGCUGCGAGCAUUCUAACCAACAAGUUGCUCAAGUUCACCCUGAGCGACGUUGAUCAUGUCAUCUGCGUCAGUCAUACUUGCAAGGAGAACACCGUGCUUAGAGCAUCUCUCGAUCCCCUCAUGGUCUCUGUUAUUCCCAAUGCAGUAGUCGCCGAAAACUUUCGUCCUCUUUCGCAAAACUCGCAAGACGCAGUGCAGCCCAAGGCGCCGGGCCCUCGACAACCCAUGGACCCGGACGAGAUCAUCACAGUGAUUGUAAUACAGCGACUAUACUACAACAAGGGCACCGAUUUGUUGGUAGCAGCUAUCCCUCACAUCAUUGCGGCAAACCCAAACGUUCGCUUCAUAAUUGCCGGGAAUGGUCCCAAGGCUAUCGAUCUGGAACAAAUGAUUGAACGGAACGUGCUGCAGGAUAAGGUUAUUAUGAUCGGCCCGGUCCGCCACGAAGAAGUGCGUGAUGUCAUGGUGCGUGGGCACAUCUACCUCUGCCCAUCGUUGACCGAGGCAUUCGGUACGGUCAUUGUAGAAGCUGCAUCAUGCGGCCUGUAUGUUGUGGCCACAAGAGUGGGUGGUAUUCCUGAAGUCCUACCCACCCACAUGGUGGAAUUUGCGGCGCCCGAAGAGGACGAACUUGUUGAAGCGACCGGGCGCGCGAUUGCCAAACUGCGAGCAGGAAAAGUCAGGACAGAGCUGUUUCACAACCAGGUCAAACAAAUGUACUCGUGGACCGACAUUGCGCAAAGGACAGAACGAGUAUACGAUGGUAUCAGUGGUGUGAUUAGCCAUGGCGAGUUUUACCAGGGUGCAGGGGCAGCCGGUGCAUGGAGCGCUACUCGAGGCCGAGCCGGUGUGCAAAGCUUUGCCCUCAUUGAACGACUUAAGCGAUAUUAUGGCUGCGGAAUCUGGGCGGGUAAGCUCUUCUGCAUUUGCGUCAUUGUCGACUACCUCAUCUUCCUGGUGUUGGAAAUGUUUGCGCCCAGGUCAAGAAUCGACAUUUGCAAGGACUGGCCGAAAAAAGCCAUCCAGCCAAAACCAGAGGCGCACAAGAGAUAUGUGCGUAAUAUAGAUGAUGACACGGGAGCGCUCAGAAAGAGGAGCUCGAGAUAUCGCAAGCCGAAAAGAGAUGUACUAGAAGAUAGAUGA